UGCUGAGACCACAGAUGCUGCCUAUGCUGAGUUUGAGCCGCACCUCCGCCCUCAGGGGAUACCUGCUACAUAUCCGGGAGAGGCGGUGGAGGGUUACAUGAGGUGGUAUAGCAGAGUGUCACAUGUGUUCAUCAUCCCUGAGGAUAGGAGGGAGGAGCUUAGUGCCGUGUCUGCCAUACGUAGGGGUGUGGAGUUGUUGGAGCAGUCCCUGGAGGUGCCAGGUGCUCUUGCUCCAGGGACACAGCCCCGAAUCCUCACGGAGAGGGCGCUCGAUCUCUUUCGACGGAGUUCCUUCGUUGGUACCCAGGGAGUUGCCUUUUCUGCUAUUCGAGGAGCCGCAGCUGCGGGAGGCAGAGCUCGUGGAGGCAGAGCUCGUGGAGGCAGACCCCGUGGAGGCGGAGCUCGUGGAGGCAGAGCUCGUGGAGAGGGUGAUCCUGGAGAGGGUGUUCGUGGAGGUCGAGCUCGUGGACCCAGAGGUCGCAGGGGGCGGGGUCGGGGAAAGUGAUUUUAUUACACUUGUUAUGUGGGAUCCAUUAUUAUGUAUAUGUUAGGACUUUUUAUGUUAUGUUAUGACUCUUGCCUCGUUUUAUUUACAUGUGUUAUAUUUUUAGUCUUAA